UCAAUUGAUGAUCCCUAUAAAUUAUAGCAAAACGCUAGACAAAUUAUUCUUACUACCAUUUUAAAUUGUAAAAUGCAAAUUUUUAGCUUCCAUUCAGUUUCUGAGAGAACAUUUAAUAUAAUUGAGAGAUAAAGCUAGCCGUUUAAUCCACAGUUUCCGAAAUCUGACUGAACACUCUCACAAAACGAUUAGCAGUCACAGCAGGGAGGAAAUGUUCAUCUUGAACCUUCCCUACUGGUGGCUACAAUAACUGCAACUCAUCCUACAAGACAAAAAGGGAACCAUUCUUCUUAUUUAACGUAGCUUCAGCUCGCAGAUUUAAGAAAAAGGUAUUUUUACCUGCUCAGAGAAUGAAAGCGAGGUUUAAAACCACUUCUACAGAUUUGAAUUAAUUUGGGUGGUAAGUAAUUAAUAAUGGUUUCCGCUAUUUACAAUUGGAUCAUACCUUUAACAAUGCAUUAUCGCUAAAGCUGUGAACUCAAUUUGUAGGCAGAAUUUUAUGAGAGAAGGAAGGACGCCAAGAAGUGUGUCGCGCAGUUCUUGCACCUAAAUUUGUAUAUAAAAAUACGGAAAUAUUUCACAUAUAGAAGUUCUGUCAAAACACUGAGCUAAAAGCAUGCUAUAAUAGAUUUCAUAAUGAUUUUUAAUUUUUAAGAUUUGCUAUGGGCCGAUGUUCCAAGCGCUACCUGCUCUCAAACCCUUUACCCGAAAAGAGAAAAAAAUAAUUAGGGUUAAUUUGUCAGCAGGUAUACUUCCUAUUUUUCUAUCUCCAGAUUUUGUUUUAUAUUUCACUUUGGUUUCUCAUUGGCCAUUUAGAUUGGCUCCGGCAGAUAAUAAAUAAGAUUAAUUCGAAUAAGUAAAUGAAUAAAUACAAAUAUUUCAACGUAUUUUGUCACUUCACAAACGCCCAGGAAAAACACCGACUAAAUUUGUAAAGUACGCCCACACGUUUGAAACUCGUUUUGUGGCUUUUGCUUUCUUGUUAUCGUUCUCUUCUGUGAAGUCUGGCUGAAGCAGGCUCUGCGAUUCUUUUCACGAGUAAGUGUUCUUCUUCGUUGAGCAUAAAAUCUUAUGUUAGCGUUAUUGAUUUCUGGAUUAUUAACGACAAGGGAGGAUUUAGCUAAUUCCUCUCCAGUUAUUUUCAACUCAUACACCUGAACUCUUGCGGAGAAUAACGUUAAAUUUAUCUUGCGUUUUCUUGAAUCUGUUUGGUGUCACAACCUGUCACAAAUAGACCCCGCAUAAAAUGUCCAUGCGAGCGAAUUUGCAACCGACGAGGUGCUUUUUCUGGAUCCUUUUAGCAUCUCCGAGAAGCAUGACAUCUUGAAGAUAUCUCAAGGCAGAAGAUAUUACGGAGGAAAAAUGCAUGCUUUAGUUUAAAACUAAUUUUUUCUAUAAAAUGUUUCCCUCUCAAGGUUCAACCAAUAAGAAAACUCAACUCAUCAUGAUGGUAAGCAACUCUUCAAUAAAUGACAGCUUCACAAAUGAGGCGCAAGAAACCCAGCUUAAGUGGCUAAAUGCUGUACAGUACACAAUGUUCACAACGAUCUUUGUGGUCAGCGUUAUCGGGAACACUUUGGUCUGCCUCGUCAUUGCACGAACUCCGCGCAUGCGCACCACACGUAACUUUCUACUGGUAAACCUUGCCGUAGCUGAUCUGACAGUCGCAAUGCUUUGUAUUCCCUUUGAAGUAGUUUUGAAGUUGACGUACCCUCGCUGGCCCCUGGGACCGGUAAUGUGCAAGAUACUAUGGCCUACCAUGACGUCAGUGACCACGUGCUCCUCGGCCACCCUUGUUGCUAUCAGUUACGACAGGUUCCGAGCUGUUGUUCAUCCUUGGAAGCCCCGUUUCACUUCAGUACAAACAACCAUUAUUAUUGCUACCACGUGGUCAGUUUCCUACGUACUUGUGAUACCCUAUCUACUGGUUCUGUCAAUCAAGGAUAACUACUGUAGAGAAGUGUGGCCAAGUGCUGUAGCAAGGCGUACUUACACUUUGGGGCUGUUCGUCAUUCAGUUUGUCGUUCCCAUCUUCAUCAUCGCUUUUGCUUACACCAAGGUAGUAUUAAAGCUGCGGGAUCAAGCUGCACGUUUCGCGGUAGAGAAAAAAGACCAAGACACUGCUACCCCAGAAAUUACUCGCGCAGGUCAAUCUAGCAGCUUCUUGUCUGUCGAAGUCAGCGAUGUGAACUCAAUAUCUGGAUCACCUCUGCCCAACAAGAAAUUUACAACCAGGCUUAACAAACUUGUUUUGUCUCCCAAAUGUCCCAGAACUGGUCAAAGUAGCGCUAUUCAGCGGCUUGAGCGGAACACAAAGAUAGUCAAGAUGCUGCUUACAGUGGUUCUCCUGUAUGUGGUCUGCAUGCUCCCCAACCAAGUAGUGUGGCUGUGGUACGAGUUUGGUUCCGGGCAGAACUCUCCAUAUCUUAGGGUACUACUAACGCUAGGAAGCUCUAUGGUGUAUUUGAAUAGCUCAGUAAAUCCGAUUCUCUAUGCUGGAAUGAAUGAUGAAUUUCGACGAGGGUUCAUUAACCUCUUGAGAUGCCGAUGUAGGCGUCCUAUAAACAAAUGACUUUAACCGAAAUGAACUCUUUCAUAGACGGUUGGACGAACUUGAGCCGCAGUUUAGCGAGCGAAAGUUACUUGGAAAGGGUUACAUGCUAAGUUUUCUUGGCAAGAUAAGUUCCUUGUUCAAAAACUGACUUGUUAGGUGACUAGAAAAUGUAAUGAGCUUGGAUGAAUUCAUAAGAUACUAGCUUUGAUAACUGUAAUGGCUUUUAAGUAUUUGUCAACGUUACCCCAUAAAGUUGUUCGUGUAAAGAUUGGUUAACACGUUUUUUGUGCAGCAGUAUCAAGUUUUCAUUAUGAAUGCGGCCUUAUGGUCAUUCAACAUCGAGGACAAAAUUACUGACCAAACAGUAAUAACUGUUUCUUUAAUUCAAUGAACUUUUAUCUUGAUUUUCCUUGAUUGUUUUCGGAUUGACACCUAGAUAUUUAGCGACAUGACAACGACAUCACGGAGAACACAGGUAUUUUUGUUGACCAGCUUCGUUGUCCUUCUGCUCCUUUGUGACCUUUUUGUUCUGUAUUGCUGACAUGUAACACAAUCUAACUGGAUAUCGUCAAAGCAGAAAGUGUAUAGUGCUAUGAUUCUGCUUUUGAACGAAUAGCAAAUGUUUCAUAUCUAAUGAUCAUCUGUCCAGUUUCUCAGUAUAAUUGUGCGUUGCUUUCUUUAGAUCGAAUAGUCUUAGAAUUAACAACCUACACGGUUGGCGUUACUUAGUUGAAUUGUCUGCUUAUGGAAGCAAUAACAAUAUAUUCGUUAACCAAUAACAUAGCCUAUAGCUUUUAAAAAUAGUAAGGAAAGAACCAUGUUAUCCAGAAUCAAAAAUAAACUCAUUUUAUGGAAAA